GACGAAGAGGAAGAAAUCAAAUUAGAAAUAAAUGUAUUAAAAAGGGUGAGUACAUUCCUAUGAUCGAUUUUCACUUGUAAACUAGUAAGCAGAAUUAAAAAAAAAUUAAAUGAAAUGAUUUGCUUUUUAACGAAUUUUUGCAGUAUUCGAAUCACAGAAAUAUAGCAACAUAUUAUGGUGCCUUCGUGAAGAAGUCAUCACCAGGGAAAGAUGAUCAGUUGUGGUUGGUUAUGGAAUAUUGCGGAGCUGGCUCCGUUACAGAUCUUGUCAAGUCAACUAAAGGUCAGAGUUUAAAAGAAGAAUGGAUUGCUUAUAUAUCACGGGAGAUAUUGCGAGGUCUUAGUUAUCUUCACAGCAAUAAGGUUAUACACAGGGAUAUCAAAGGACAAAAUGUUUUGUUAACUGAUAAUGCGGAAGUUAAACUUGAAUUAAUCAAUCGUUUAUCCUAUUAUGUUGUAGUUGAUUUUGGCGUUAGUGCACAAUUAGAUCGGACAAUAGGUAGAAGAAAUACAUUUAUUGGAACACCAUAUUGGAUGGCACCAGAAGUAAUAGCCUGUGAUGAAAAUCCUGAUGCUACAUACGAUAAUAGAAGCGAUCUUUGGUCAUUGGGAAUUACCGCUUUAGAAAUGGCUGAAUCACAACCUCCACUUUGUGACCUUCAUCCCAUGCGGGCUUUAUUUCUGAUCCCACGUAAUCCGCCACCAAGACUCAAAUCGAAAAAAUGGGCGAAGAAAUUCCACGGUUUUAUUGAAACGGUUUUAGUAAAAGAUUAUCAUCAACGGCCGUAUACAGAGCAGCUUCUUAAACAUCCGUUUAUUCGGGACCAACCAACCGAAAGACAAGUUAGGAUACAGCUUAAAGAUCAUAUUGAUCGCUGUAAGAAACGUAAACAGGAGAAAGGUAUGAAAGCUCGAGAAACAAGCAAUUCCUGAACUGAAUCUUUGUUAAUCAUUCUAUAUUAUCUGUAUUUGGUCAUGUAGAAAGAGACGAUUACCGAUAUAGUGGUAGUGAGAAUGAGGAAGAUGAACCAGCAUUAGCUGGUGAAGCGUCAUCCAUUGUUCAAGCACCUGGU